UGCCGCGCUGCACUUCCAACCGUAGCAGCAGGCAGGCUUCCAGCAAGCUCGGUCGCUCUGUUGGAUCGCUCUCGCUCCCAAUCUCUUCAAAAAACCCUUACACUUGAUUUUUCUCAGAUCCGAUCUUCUUCUUCUUCAACCUCUUCCAUGACUUCUGCAAUCUCCUCUCCUGUUCUUCCCCUCUCUCCUUCCAUACCCAACGCUUCUUCUCUCUCUUCCUUUCCCGCCAUUCCAAGGCUAUCAAAACCCCAUUUUCCCUCUCUCCCUCUCCCGUUCCUCUCUCUCCGUUCGAAACCCCUCCACGCCAUUGGAAAACGCGAAGAGCGGAUCUCUGAGACUGCCAGCAUCAGCGUCGACAACGCCGCCUCCGACCCGUCCGAUGCUGCCGCCACCUGCUUCGUGAUCAAGGCCCGCAACAAGAUCGGCCUCCUCCAGAUCAUCACUCGCGUCUUCAAGGUCCUCGGGCUCAGGAUCGAGAAGGCCAGUGUCGAAUUCGAGGGCGAAUUCUUCAUCAAGAGAUUCUUCGUCACGGACUCCCAUGGGAACAAGAUUGAGGACCGCGAGAGCUUGAAUCUGAUUGAGAAGGCGCUGCUGGAUGCGCUCGAGGAUGGGGAUGGAGUGGCUGCAGCCGCAGGUCCGGCUGCAGCGGCUUCAAGAGGGCUCGCUGUGAGGAGAGCUGGAUUGUUGCCGGAUUUGGGGGAGAAGAGAGCGAAGGCAGAGAGGAUGUUUCAUUUGAUGGAUGGAUUUCUCAAGAACGAUCCGGUUAGCCUUCAGAAGGACAUUCUUGAUCAUGUAGAAUAUACGGUGGCAAGGUCGCGGUUCAGCUUUGAUGAUUUUGAGGCUUACCAGGCAUUGUCACAUAGUGUAAGAGACCGCCUGAUUGAGCGUUGGCAUGACACACACCAAUACUUUAAGAGGAAAGACCCAAAGCGCCUGUACUUCCUGUCAUUGGAGUUCCUUAUGGGUCGGUCGUUAUCAAAUAGCGUUAUAAAUUUAGGCAUAAGAGACCAGUAUGCUGAUGCCUUAAAUCAACUUGGCUUUGAGUUUGAAGUGUUGGCUGAGCAGGAAGGGGAUGCCGCCCUUGGCAACGGUGGCCUGGCUCGUCUUUCUGCAUGUCAGAUGGAUUCCUUGGCAACAUUGGACUUUCCUGCCUGGGGUUAUGGGUUACGCUACCAGUAUGGAUUGUUCCGCCAGGUUAUACUGGAUGGAUUUCAGCAUGAACAACCAGACUAUUGGCUGAAUUUUGGAAAUCCUUGGGAGAUAGAGCGUGUACACGUCUCAUAUGAAGUGAAGUUCUAUGGGACUGUUGAAGAGAAGCUUUGGAAUGGAGAAAUAUGUAAAGUCUGGGUCCCUGGAGAAACGGUUGAGGCUGUUGCAUAUGACAACCCAAUACCAGGUUAUGGGACAAGAAAUACAAUAAAUCUCCGCCUUUGGGCGGCUAAACCUGGCGGCAAGGAUGAUAUUGAAGCAUUCAAUACUGGAGAUUAUAUUAAUGCUGUUAUUAACAGGCAAAGGGCUGAGACAAUAAGUAGUGUUUUAUAUCCCGAUGACCGUUCUUACCAGGGGAAGGAACUGCGGUUGAAACAACAAUAUUUCUUUGUAUCAGCAUCGAUCCAAGACAUCAUCCGGAGAUUUAAAGAUUCUCACAGUAACUUUGACAAGUUUCCUGAAAAGGUAGCUUUGCAGCUAAACGAUACUCACCCUUCUCUUGCGAUACCUGAGGUUAUGAGGGUGCUUGUCGAUGAGGAACAUUUGGGUUGGAAUCGGGCAUGGGGCAUUGUUUGCAAAAUUUUCUCACUAACAUCCCACACUGUACUUCCUGAAGGACUGGAGAAAGUCCCAGUGGAUCUCUUGGCCAGCCUUCUUCCACGACACUUGCAAAUCAUAUAUGACAUCAAUUUCUUUUUCAUGGAGGAGCUGAAAAAGCAUUUUGGUCUUGAUUAUAGUCGGCUUGCUCGCAUGUCAAUUAUUGAGGAAGGUGCUGUGAAGAGUAUUCGGAUCGCAAACCUAUCAAUUGUUUGUUGUCAUACUAUCAAUGGUGUAUCCCGAUCUCAUCUAGAAUUAUUGAAAACAAGAGUAUUCAAGGACUUCUACGAGCUUUGGCCUCAGAAGUUUCAUUUCAAGACAAAUGGUGUUACUCAGCGUCGCUGGAUUGUGGUGAGUAAUCCUAGUUUAUGUGGACUUAUCUCAAAAUGGCUUGGAACAGAAGCUUGGAUCCGUGAUGUUGACCUCUUAAUGGGGUUACGAGAGCAUGCAGACAAUGCCAAUCUACAACAGGAAUGGCAAAUGGUUCGGAGGGUUAAUAAAAUGAGGCUUGCUGAGUACAUUGAAGCGAUGAGUGGUCUAAAGGUAAGCCCUGACGCAAUGUUUGAUGUACAAAUCAAGCGUAUACACGAGUAUAAAAGGCAAUUGCUUAAUUUACUAGGAAUCAUCCAUCGGUAUGAUUGCAUAAAGAACAUGAAUGAGAGUGAGAAGAGAAAGGUUGUACCCCGUGUUUGUGUCAUCGGAGGGAAAGCUGCUCCUGGUUAUGAAAUUGCCAAAAAGAUCAUCAAACUCUGUCAUGCGGUUGGAGAGAAGAUCAAUAAUGAUUCUGAUGUUGGAGAUUUAUUGAAAUUGGUUUUUAUUCCAGAUUACAACGUCUCUGUUGCUGAAUUAGUAAUACCCGGGAGUGACCUUUCACAACACAUCAGUACUGCUGGUCAUGAGGCAUCAGGCACUGGCAGCAUGAAAUUUUUGAUGAAUGGGUGUUUACUUUUAGCUACAUCUGAUGGUUCCACUAUUGAAAUCAUUGAAGAGAUUGGAGAAGAUAAUAUGUUUAUAUUUGGUGCCAAAGUACACGAAGUACCUGCUUUACGUGAUGAAGGAUCCACCCUUAAAACACCUCUUCAAUUCGCACGUGUUGUCAGGAUGGUUCGGGAUGGUUAUUUUGGCUUCAAGGAUUACUUCAAGUCAUUAUGUGAUGGUAUAGACAACAAUGGUGAUUUCUAUCUGCUUGGAAAUGAUUUUGCAAGCUAUCUAGAGGCUCAGGCUGCAGCUGACAAGGCAUUUGUCGAUCAAGAGAAGUGGACACGGAUGAGCAUUCUCAGCACUGCUGGUUCUGGGAGAUUCAGCAGCGAUAGAACAAUCGAAGAGUACGCCGAAAAGACAUGGGGAAUAGAGCCAUGUAGGUGUCCUUUCUGACUUGAAUGCUUGAGAGAGGAUCCUUGUCAACCUGCUAGUGACUGUAAAACUGAGGUCUGCUUGUGUA